AUGUCUGCUCGGGCUUCCACCUCCUCGACCUUCAUCAUCCCCUCCAUCUUUACCUCGAGCAACACCCGAGAGCGCGACCUCGAGGCACAGACAGCCUCCGACUCGGACAGCCGCGAUCACUUCGACGUGCAGCUCUCAGCCCCGCCUGUCGCAUUCACCCACGCGCCUCGUACCCUUGCUGCUAGUCUUCAAGAGGGAACGAACGCGAUUGACGACUUCUUCGGCGCGUCCUCUUCUCGCGGUACGCAGGAUAGCCGUCACGACGCGGCAGCCUUGCCUGUGCACCACGACGACGCACCGCCGCCGUACUCCUCCUCUUCCGCGCCUCCUGCGUACCCGCGCUACGCGGAGCACCCUACCCUCGCCAUGUACCUCUUCAAGUUCGGUUUCGUGUUCCCUCUAUUCUGGAUCGCCGGUGCACUCAUCCUCGUCUCCCCUUUCCGUGCUCCCGAAGACUGGGAGCCAUCCAAGACGGAGGCAAGGCGUCAGGAGCUCAUCGAGAGCAUGCGACGCACGGAAGUGAAGUGGGCGAAGCGUUGUCUCAUUGCGCUCUCCAUCCUUGGGCUCGCCGUACUCGUCGUCGCGCUCGCCGCCUUCUUCCUCACUCGCAAUAAGUGA